AUGGCCGAGAGCGACCCCCUGCUCAACCUCCGCAACGCCAUCGCCGCCAACACCCCCCCGAUCCCCACAAAGACGCCCGACGCAUCGCAUACCCAAGAUGUCGAGCAGGAUCUCGCAAAGGCAGCUUUCCUCCAGUUCAACCACGAGGAUGGCCAGCACCGCGCCAUCCCGCUGAACACUCCGACGCGCUUUGUCGCCGAGGGCCAGCCCGUCGAUCUGCGCAGCGUGUACUUUACAUGGCUGAAGAAGGAUGCUGCCGUCCCCGAGUACAUCACCUCCGUGGGCCGCUUGAACGAUGAGUUGAAGCUCCCGGGCAACGCAGGGGGGUCCGUCAAGAACCUGGUCUUCGCCGAGAAGCUUGACCUCAUCACAUGGCUCGAGGGUGGCUCCGAGGAGAGCGAGAACAUCAAGCCGCUGCCGUCCGACACCUCGGCCGCCGCAAGCUCUGCCAACAUCGCCGCCGGCACCACAGGCGGUAUAUCGACCGUGCCCAGCGGUGCCCCCAAGCCGGGCAAGUCCCAGCCCGACCCGCGCCUCCUGGAAAUCUACAAUGGCGAAAGGCGCAUGGGAGACAGGAAUAGCGUGUUACGCGGCAUCAAGCCCACGGAUUUCUCUCAUGUGCGCAAGCACGCUGCUUCUCUCCUCGGUCACGGCAAGCACUCGGGCGCAGCCGCUGUGCCCAAUCCCCUCAACAGUGUCAGCAACCCGGCGCUCGUCUCGAAUCUCAAGAAGCCCGGCCGUCGCCCGGAGCCCAUCAUUCUCCUGUCGCCGUCCGCCUCGUCGCUCCUGCGCAUGUCCAACGUCAAGUCUUUCCUUGACGGUGGAAUCUACGGCCCAGCGGAUUCGGCCGGUGCCGGUCCUAACCUGCUCCACCUUACCCGUUCACUUCCUGGCAUUGAUCCCAAUCGCCCAAUGCGCUUCAUCCUCGUCGAUACGCCCGAUCAGUUCAAGCCCGACUACUGGCAGCGCGUUGUUGCCGUCUUCACCACCGGGCAGACGUGGCAGUUCAAAUCAUACAAAUGGACACAGCCCGCAGAACUCUUCAGCCACGCUCUGGGUGUUUAUGUCGGCUGGCGGGGCGAGACGGUGCCCGAGGCAGUCAAGGGAUGGGGGCGUAGCGUCAUGACGGCGCAGAUUGACAAGUGGACGCCGCAGCAGGGCGCAGUGGGCCGGUGGAGAGAUCGCGAGGAGGUGGAGAAGAUUUGGAAUGCCAUUGAGCUCAGCAUGAGGGCCAAGGGCUGGACAAAAGAUGGGCCUCCGGUAGGAAGGUAG